AUAUAUACCGCCCCUUCCCAGCACCCUGGCUCUAACCCAUGCACCUCCAGCUUUCACAGCCACUACCACUGCUUAAUACCUCUCUCCCGCUGCAGCUGCAAGUACUCCCAGCAGGGAGUAGUACAAAGCAGUUAUGAACAUGGCUAGCCCCAGGCUAAAGCUCUUCGGCUUCCACGUCUCCAAGGAGGAGCACGAGCUGUGUCCGGAGACGACGACGGAGGCGGAAACAACCGAGCCAGAGGAGGCGCCGGCGUGCGGUAACAACGGCGGAGGGUCCGACUCGUCGUCCUCGUCCACCACCACCACCACCACGGCCACGGCGGCCGGCGGCGACGGGCGGAGGUACGAAUGCCAGUACUGCUGCCGCGAGUUCGCCAACUCGCAGGCGCUGGGCGGCCACCAGAACGCGCACAAGAAGGAGCGGCAGCAGCUCAAGCGCGCGCAGCUGCAGGCCGCGGCCGCGGCCGCUGGCCGGGUCGCCGGCGGGGCCGCCGCCGCGCUCUACCCUCGGGCCAACCCGAUGGUGUCCGCCUUCGUGCCACCGCCGCACCUCCUCGGCGGCGGCGGAGACGCAUCGCCCACGAGCUGGGUCUACUUCUCCCCGCGCGCCGCAGCCGUGGCCGGGGGCCCGCAGGGCCAGCAGUUCCACGUCUCCCACAACUGCGUGUUCCCGUCGCGCGCCACCCCGGCCGCCGCCGUGACGGCGGCCUCGCCGGCAGUCUUCUCCUACACCCCGGCGCCCUCCGCCGCCUCGGCGCCGUACGUCACCGACGACCACCACAGCGGGCGGAGGGUCGUCCACGUCAGCCCGGCGGCCGCCCUGGGGAGAUACCCCGGCAUGGCAGCUGGCCCUGGGAUGGCGGAGCCGGUGGUCACCGGGCCCGAGGACGCCCUGGGGCUGGACCUGCAGCUCAGCCUUGCGCCCGCCGGCUUGUGACUUGGCUGGUCCCGUCGUCGAUGGAGAUCGCGCGCGCGAGCUGUGCCCUGCCACGCACCGUCGCCUUGGUAAAAGAGAAUUGAUCACCUACUAGCUUGCUACUACUAAAAAGUUUGUACUAAGAUCGAUCUUUGCUGGCUAGAUAAUUAGCACUAGUAAUUAUGUUUAGUUGCUGGAAAUGGGAUUUGGAGAGCUGCAUGCAUGUAAGCCACCUGUAAGAUUCCGGUUCUAGCUAAUUGAUGUGCAUGAUGAUCGCAAGGAUGGCUAUGCUGGACGAGGACGACAGACCCUGUAAAUUUUUGGUUGAUCCGUCCAUCCAUCAAUCAAUCUCUGCCAUUUUCUUCAGUA